AGUUGAAGGAGGACUCUUUCAAAUUCCAUGGAAGCCUGUGGCAACCGCAUAGUGUGGAGUGAGGAGUGGCAUACAAACUAUUACUGAUUUAGAGGUUACAUUUUUUUAAAACCAAAAAUUAGCUCUCGUGUUUUCUCGUGACAUUCCCAUAUUAAGCAUACUCACGCUGACUAUCUUUUCUCUUCUCCACCAGCUCCAGCCAUUAUCAUCUCACUUAACUUUGCUUUUCUUCAUGACCCUUUCAUUUCUAUUUCCUCUGCAUAUCGCUAGAUAUAGAAAGUCUUUGACUUUGAUCAUUUGAUUCUUUUUCGGUCUUCUUAAUUUUUUCUUUUAAAAUUUUUUGAUCUGGCUUUUCUCAUAUUGGUCCAAUUUGUGGCUGUGAAAUUCUGGGUGCGUUUGCAAAAGUAGUUUUGUUUUGUCACUUGCAACUAACACAGUGCCAUAAAUUUUUUUUCUUUAAAUCGAGGAUUCUAUUUUCCCUGGAUCUUAAAUCGUAGGUUAGUCUUUAAAGCAUAAUCUGGGUUUCUAAUUUCUUGGUUGGUUAAGCCAUGGAUUCUUGCUGUGCUGCCCUGAAGGGCGCUGCCAAUGCCUUUAAUGUUAACAGAAGUCUCAGUAACGGAAGUUGUCCUUUUUGGGGAGACUGGAUCAAGGGAAACCGGAAAAGCAGGAAUUUCAAUGCGAAGAAUUUGAGGACAGAAAGCAAUAAUAAUGGCAUCAAAAAGUUUAAGCCUGGAGUUGCUUACUCUGUUUUCACAUCAGAUGUUAACAAAGAGACUGCGACAUUUGAGACACCAGUUCUUGAGACACCAACAGCAGACCCCAAAAAGGUAGCUUCGAUCAUAUUGGGUGGAGGUGCUGGGACACGCCUCUUUCCUCUUACUAGCAAAAGAGCCAAGCCAGCGGUUCCAAUUGGAGGAUGUUACAGAUUGAUUGACAUUCCAAUGAGUAACUGCAUCAAUAGUGGUAUAAAGAAGAUUUUUAUCUUAACACAGUUUAACUCCUGCUCGCUAAAUCGUCACCUUGCUCGCACAUAUAACUUUGGUAAUGGUGUUAAUUUUGGAGAUGGAUUUGUGGAGGUUCUGGCUGCUACUCAAACACCAGGAGAGGCUGGAAAAAAGUGGUUUCAAGGAACAGCAGAUGCUGUGCGGCAAUUUGUAUGGGUAUUUGAGGAUUCAAAGAAUAAGAAUGUGGAACACGUAAUAAUCUUAUCUGGUGAUCAUCUUUAUCGGAUGAAUUAUAUGGAGUUUGUGCAGAAGCAUAUUGACUCAAAAGCGGAUAUUACAGUUUCAUGUAUACCCAUGGAUGACAGUCGCGCAUCAGAUUAUGGACUAAUGAAGAUUGAUGACACAGGACGCAUCAUCCAAUUUGCCGAGAAACCUAAGGGCUCAGACCUGGAAGCAAUGCAAGUUGAUACCACUGUUCUUGGGUUAUCUAAGCAAGAUGCUCCACGAUUUCCUUACAUUGCGUCAAUGGGUGUUUAUGUGUUUAAAACCGAGGUCUUACUGAAGCUUCUUAGAUGGAGUUACCCAUCCAGCAAUGACUUUGGGUCUGAAAUUAUUCCCUCUGCUGUGAUGCACCACAAUGUCCAGGCAUAUUUAUUCAAUGACUAUUGGGAAGACAUUGGAACCAUAAAGUCAUUUUUCGAUGCUAAUCUAUCCCUUGCAGAACAGCCACCAAAGUUUGAAUUUUAUGAUUCAAAGACACCUUUCUACACGUGUCCUAGAUUCUUGCCACCUACAAAAGUUGAUAAAUGCAAGAUUGUGGAUGCAAUAAUUUCACAUGGAUGUUUCCUGCAAGAAUGUAGCAUACAGCAUUCUGUAGUGGGUGUGCGCUCACGACUGGAGAGUGGCGUUGAGCUUAUAGAUACUAUGAUGAUGGGUGCUGACUACUAUCAAACUGAAUCUGAAAUUGCCUCUCUGCUAGCAGAAGGGAAGGUUCCAGUUGGUGUCGGACAGAAUACCAAAAUCAGGAAUUGCAUUAUCGACAAGAAUGCCAAAAUAGGGAGAGAUGUGGUCAUCACAAAUGCUGAUGGUGUUCUAGAAGCAGAUAGACCGGAAGAAGGAUUUUACAUUAGAUCAGGGAUCACAGCCAUACCGAAGGAUGCAACGAUCAAAGAUGGAACUAUUAUCUAGAAAGAUUGAACUCCUCCUGAAGGUUUCUUGUUUGCAUUAUUGAACCAGUGAUGGAGCGUAGGAAGCAGUUGGCCCACAUUUUUAACUCAGUAACCUUGAGCAUAAAUUAAAAAUAAUUUGUCUAUGUGAAUUAUAUGCUCCUUCUAUGCUUGAGACAUCCAAUUAAGAUUAGCAGUAUAGGUCUUAGAAUAAUUCAAAGCUUUAAGCUUUCAUUACAUGAUGGUGUCAAUACAAGACAUUAGGCUCAGAGUACAAAUAAAUAAAUUGCAGAAUCUGUGACAUCCUUUUUGAUAA